AUGUUUGUGAUCGGAGGUUUGUGUUUGCUGCUUUGGUUGGCUGUCGUAAAUGCAAACAAUUCUUCGGAAGUUCAAGUGGGAUCCGGCAAUUAUACGCUAAAGGAUGGAAAAGUUACCUUAAGUGAUGAAUUCAGGAUUUACAAUGCUAGACCUAAUAGCUCCAGUGUGCCAGAGCAUCUCUAUCCUGGUUGUUCUAUUCAAAUAUAUAAGGAUUUUAUUUUUUUGAAGUAUAAUGAAACCUCAAAGGAGGUUUGUACGGUGGAUCUUCUAACAGAUAGAGACGACAUCGUGUUCACAACUUCUCUGGGACUUUGCAAUGAUAAAAAAAUAGAAGAAGACCUCAAGGGACCUAACAUCCUGCCUUUUGCAUACAGUUUAAACAAUAAAGAAGUAAAUGAGAUCAAGAAUGGGCCUCUCUAUGGAAAAAGUGAAACUUGCCCUAAUAAUGGUACAUGUACAGGAUGGAGUAAACUUGAAGGUUGGAAUGGAAUUGACGGACCGGAUUGUAUGCCAUGGACAGCGCUGGAAGUUGAAUGGCGAUGCAAAAAUGUUCUGACAGCAAAAGUCUACUUUCUUGGUGAUUCUGGCUAUAUAACUACUUUGUCGAUAGAGAAUUACACGAUAGCAGUUCAUUUCACCGUAAAAGUAGAUAAAGAUGGAAAGGUUAAUAGUGGGGCGCUUUCGACGUUUAGAGAAGAUGGCAAACCAGUGUCUGCGCGAGAUGAAGUUUACAACGACCCAAAAAAUUUCAACUGUAUCAAUUUUGGCUCGAUUAUCAAACCUAAGGCGUGGGAAAUUGAAGGGAACGUUAAAAAGGAAAUUAAAAGAAAAAAGUUGAUGACAUUCCAUCUCCUUCCAAGGUCAGCAUCUCGUGAGCGUGGCGAGCUUGGUCUUACUGGAAAAUUACCUGAUUUUACACCUAAUCAUUGCAGGAAUAUGUCCAUAGCUUUUGUGUCAAAAGUUGUAGAAGCUAAUUCAUCAACUACAACAACAACUGCUCAACCAUCAACAAAUUCUUCAGCCACCAAUGAGACAAUCAGUCAAGAGCCAACGGGUUCUACUACACCAAAUGCAACAAUUCCUUCGUCAAAGAGUGACCCACCUACAAAGCCAAUGACAGUAAAUACAUCAUCAACAGAACCACCAACAAAUUCUAGUUCUCCACCACCUUCAGUUAACACUACUUCAAAACCUGAACAGAACAACGAAACUUUGCCACAAUCGAGUAAUGGGACUGUUGGCACUUCUCCAUCAAUGAAUUACUCAACUUUGACCCAAAACUAUACUUCUACUAUUUCUGUGAAUGAUACAAACGGAACAUUUAAUGACAACUUAACAACAUCCACAACAUUCUCUACUUUAAUCCCUACAAUCAUCCAACCUCUAAAAACAACAACUUCUACUAAACUUCCUAGCAUUACAAAUGGAACAACUAAAGGAAUUAAAGCGACACCAAAAGAAGUAUUUCCUCCCUAUUAUUAUUAUAUUGUUGGUGGUGGUGGUGCUGUGGUUAUUCUAUUGCUUGUCAUCAUUUGUGUAUGCAGUAUCGUUCGAAAAAAUAAGAAGAAAGCAAGUAAUGAGGAUGAAAGUUCUGAAGGCUCUGGAGGAACAACGGAAGAACUUUUAUCAAUGGAAGCAAAAAAUAUGUCUGGUACACAAUUGGAAACUCAAGGAAGUCACGUAUCUUUAAAGAAGAGUGUAGUUGAUAAAAAAGAAGUUGAGCUAAGCAAAAAAGAAGAAAUUAGCAAAAAAGAAGUUGACAAAGAAAAUAUGAAGAAAACUCUCUCAAAAGAUGUUGUCGGCGGUGGUGGGGCUGUUGGUGGGGCUGUUGUUCCAAAUACGAUCGAAUCUAAAGAAUUUACUGGGGAACAAACAACAGAAGAAGAAGUUGUGGUUAAACCACCAACAACACCUAAAGCAACAGAUCCGCAGGUCUCUACAUUUUCGGCUCCAUAUGAAGUAGAUCGAAAGCGAUUGAUUGUGCCGAUGAAAGAAAAGGGGGAUCCAUCUACUGAAUCUAAAAAAUCUAUCGAAUCAAUUGUCUCGGCAGAGAAGAAAGAAGAAUCUAAAGCUGAGUUGACUGUAUCUUCUGAUGAAGUUGUUGGGAAUAAAGAAGAAGAGGGUGGUGAUAAUAAUAAGAAGAAAGAAGAAAGUGAUGAUAAAAAGGAGGAAGAAGGGGACGAUAAUAAUAAGAAGAAGGAAGAGGGAGGAGGAGAGGGAGAUAAUAAAGAAGCAGAUGUCUAUGAUUAA